AAAUAGCCAUAGUCUAUACAGAGUCGAUUGGUCCUGUUUUUCUUUGUCCCAAACACACUUGAACUCCAGUCAUUUCCUUGAAGUUCCUUAUGCAAAUCCCUUCAGAAAAUCUCUAAUAUCCAAUUGUCAACAAUCACCAUUGCGGAAGCCCAAAACAAAUCCAUUUCACCGAAGAACCAUGACCGUUACAACAGAAUUCGCAGCAGCGACAAACGACGAGGAGGUGCCAUCCGGCGUCGUUUUGUUCGGGAAGUAUGAGUUAAGGCGGUUGCUGGGAGCUGGCGCAUUCGCCAAGGUGUACCACGCGACGAGCGUGGACGACACGCGCCAGAGCGUGGCGGUGAAGGCCGUGAGCAAAAACAAGGUCCUGAACGGAGGCUUCGCUGCCAACGUGGAGCGCGAGAUCUCCAUCAUGCGCCGCCUGCACCACCCCAACAUCAUUAACCUCUUCGAAGUACUCGCGACCAAAACAAAAAUCUACUUCGUCAUGGAGUUCGCCGCCGGCGGGGAGCUCUUCCACGAGGUCGCAGGCAAGGUGCGGCUCACGGAGGAAACCGCCAGAUUUUACUUCCGGCAACUCAUCUCCGCCGUCAAGCACUGCCACUCGCGCGGCGUUUUCCACCGCGACCUCAAGCUCGACAACCUCUUGCUCGACGAGAACGGGAACCUUAAGGUCUCCGAUUUCGGGUUGAGUGCGGUCACGGGUCAGAUCCGACCCGACGGGCUGUUGCACACGGUCUGUGGGACCCCUACCUACGUGGCACCCGAGAUUCUCGCGAAGAAAGGCUACGAUGGCGCCAAGGUGGAUCUUUGGUCGUGCGGCGUCGUUUUGUUCGCGCUCACCGCAGGCUAUUUACCCUUCAAUGAUUACAAUCCCACCGUUCUGUAUAGGAAGAUUUACCGCGGUCAAUUCCGGUUCCCGAGGUGGAUGUCGUAUGAUCUGAGGUUCCUCUUAUCACGCCUCUUGGACACGAAUCCCAGUACGAGGAUAACCGUCGAUGAGAUCUAUAAGAACACGUGGUUCAACGCGGGUGGUGGUGAGUAUCGGUUCAACCGGGUUUCGGUCACGGAGAGUGAGUGUGAGAAGCAAUUGGGUCGAACCGGGUUCGAGUCGUUGAAUGCUUUUGACUUGAUUUCUUUCUCAACCGGGCUUGAUAUGUCGGGUCUUUUUGAGGAUCCGAAUGGUUCAGAUUCGGCUGAACGGAUUGUUUCGUCAGUGGCGCCGGAGGAAAUCAUGGAGAGGGUGGAGGCAGUGGCGGAGGAGGGGAGGGUGGUGGUGAGAAGGGAGAAGAAUGGCGGUGGAGCAAAGCUAGAAGGGCAGGAUGGUAAUUUGAUUGGUAUUGUUGUGGUUUACCGAUUAACAGAUGAGCUGGUAGUGGUUGAAAUGAAGAGGGGUGAAAAAGGAGGGAAAUGUGGUGUGCAGUUUUGGAAAGAUAAAUUGUGUCCUUUGCUUCUUGAAUUGACAAGUGAUUUGGAAGAGCCGGUAUCCCGGUGACUUAUGGAGAAUAUAGUUUGGUAUCUAUGUUUUUUUGUUUUGGGUACCAAUCGUAAACCAUUGUUUUAAUUGAUUGGUGUUUACUCAAGGGUUUAGAAAAUGUUGAAAUUAUAUAAGUACAUAGUAAAGAAAUAAACAUGUUUACUAAAAUUUAAAGACGCUUUACUUUUAUAAGUUUUUUAGAUAAUAUAAAUCUCUACUGUCAAUUUAUGUGAAUAAAACAAAAUUAAUACUUA